GCGGCGGCCCCCCCCCGCCGCCCGGUGCCCGCAGCGCGGCCGCGGCGGGAGCAUGCGGAUCCUCCUCCUCUGCCUGCUGACUCUCGCCGGCGCCCGCGGCCAAGUCGCCCAGACCCGCUUCGUGGAGGAGCCGGAGGACCAGACCGUCGUGGCCGGCCAGCGGAUCGUCCUCUCCUGCGUGGUGCUAAAUUAUUCGGGGAUCGUGCAAUGGACCAAAGACGGGCUGGCCCUGGGCAUGGGGCAGGGGCUCAAAGCCUGGCCGCGCUACCGCAUCGUGGGCACGGCCGACUCGGGCCAGUACAACCUGGAGAUCACCGACGCCGAGCUCUCCGAUGACGCCGUCUACGAGUGCCAGGCCACGGAGGCGGCGCUGCGCUCCCGCCGCGCCAAGCUCACCGUGCUCAUCCCCCCCGAAGACCCUACGAUCGACGGGGCCCCCGAGAUCCUGCUCCGAGCGGGGACGCCCUACAACCUGACGUGCCGGGCGCGCAGCGCCAAGCCCGCCGCCACCAUCGUCUGGUACCGGGACGGGCUGCAGCAGGACGGAGCCAUCACCAGCACGGAGCUGCUGGCCGACGGCAAGCGGGAGACGACGACCAGCCAGCUGGGCAUCAACCCCACCGACCUCGACAUCGGGCGCGUCUUCUCCUGCCGCAGCGUGAACGACGCCGUCCCGGCCGGCAAGGAGACCUUCGUCAAGCUCAACGUGCACCAUCCGCCCGCGGUCACGCUCUCCAUCCAGCCGCAGACGGUGCAGGAGGGCGAGAGGGUCGUGUUCACCUGCAUGGCCACCGCCAACCCCGAAAUCAAAGGCUACAGGUGGGCCAAGGGCGGCGUGGUCAUCGAGGACGCCAAGGAGAACAAGUACGAGACGCAGGUGGAUUACUCCUUCUUCACGGAGCCCGUCUCCUGCGAGGUGCACAACGACGUCGGCAGCACCAACGUCAGCACGCUGGUGGACGUGCACUUUGCCCCUCGAAUCGUGGUGGACCCCAAGCCCACCACCACGGACAUCGGCUCCGACGUGACGCUGACGUGCGUCUGGUCCGGCAACCCUCCGCUCACGCUCACCUGGACCAAGAAGGAGUCCAACAUGGUCCUCAGCAACAGCAACCAGCUCUACCUGAAGUCCGUCACGCAGGCGGACGCGGGGCAGUACGUCUGCAAAGCCAUCGUGCCGCGCAUCGGCGUGGGCGAGCGCGAGGUCACCCUCUUCGUCAACGGGCCCCCCAUCAUCUCGAGCGAGGCCGUGCAGUACGCGGCGCGCGGCGACCGCGGCAAGGUGGAGUGUUUCAUCGGCAGCACGCCGCCGCCGGACCGCAUCGCGUGGGCCUGGAAGGAGAACAUCUUGGAGGCCGGGACGCUGGAGCGCUACACGGUGGAGCGGACCAACACGGGCAGCGGCGUCCUCUCCACCCUCACCAUCAACAACGUCAUGGACGCCGAUUUCCAGACCCGCUACAACUGCACGGCCUGGAACAGCUUCGGGCCGGGCACCGCCAUCAUCCAGCUGGAUGAGAAAGAGGUGCUGCCCGUGGGCAUCAUCGCGGGGGGCACCAUCGGCGCCAGCAUCCUCGUUAUCGCCUUCCUCGUCGCCCUCGCCUGCUUCCUCUACCGGCGCCGCAAAGGAAGCCGCAAGGACGUCACCCUGCGCAAGCUGGACAUCAAGGUGGAGACGGUGAACAGGGAGCCGCUGACGCUGCACGCGGACCGCGAGGAGGACACGGCCAGCGUCUCCACGGCCACCCGCGUCAUGAAGGCCAUCUACUCGUCCUUCAAGGAUGACGUGGACCUGAAGCAGGACCUUCGCUGCGACACCAUCGACACCCGCGAGGAGUACGAGCUCAAGGACCCCACCAACGGGUACUACAACGUCCGCGCGCACGAGGACCGCCCGUCGUCCCGCUCCGUGCUCUACGCCGACUACCGCAACCCCGGCGCGGCGGCGGCGGCGCGCUACGAUACCCGCCCGCCCUCCCGCCUCUCCCACUCCAGCGGCUACGCCCAGCUCAACACCUACAGCCGCGGCCCCGCCGCCGACUACGGCGCCGAGACGGCGCCGGGCGCCGGGCCGCCGCCGGGCACGGCGGCCGCCGAGACGGCCAGCCAGCUCUCCUACGAGAACUACGGGGGGCACGGCGCUUUCCCGGCCGGCGCCGGCUACACCGCCUACCGCCUGGGCUACGGGCAGCCGCCGGCGCCGGGCCUGGAGCGGGCGCCCUACGAGGCUUACGACGCCAUGGGCAAGUACGCCAGCGCCACGCGCUUCUCCUACACCUCCCAGCACUCGGACUACGGGCAGCGCUUCCAGCAGCGGAUGCAGACGCACGUCUGAGGGCGGGCGGCCGGGGGGAGCCGGCCCCGCGGGCGAGCGGCAGGGAGGGUCGCAGGAACCUCGCCGCUGUCCCCUGAUAUUCAGGGGCUCGUCCCGACCCUCUGGUCCCGCUCCUCGGCCCGCGGCCGGGCUCCUGGAGCCGGCUGCCCGGGGCUCUGCCGGCCGCGGGGACCUGCCCCGGCUCCCUUCUCCUCGAGCUUCCACUCAUCCGCCCGCUGGGCUUCCCAUCCUUUCGUUUCGGUACCUUCUGGGAAGAGGGACGGCGGGGCCGGGCACUGCCGGGGCAGCGCCGCCGCCCGCUCUGCCCCGCGCCCGCCCUCCGUGCCCCGCACCGGCCGGGGAACGCGGGAGCCGCCGCCUCGGCUGCAUCGCGCGGCUGCGAGGGCUCCCCGGGGCUGGAUCCUCCCCGGAAACCGGGGGUCCGGGUCCGCCCGGCGCCGAGCCAGCACCCGCCUCUCCCUCCUCCCGAAAAGGGGCAGCCCACGAGCCAUGCUGCACCCGGAGACCCGCUCCGUCCAGGGCCCUGUCCCCAAGCAACCCCCGUGCACGGGGGCCGCUGGAGACACGACGUGUGUCUAUAUAUAUGUAUAUAUGUAUGUAUAUACAUGCAUAUAUAUAUAUAUAUAUAUAUAUAAGGUCUGGUUUCAGUUUGCUCCCCGAAAGGCCCCAGCCCAGCCCAUUCCCAUUCCCGGUGCCUUGAUUUUGAUGGGUGCUGCCGGCGUCGGGACGCGCGGAGCACCCGGGAGCCUGCGGGCGCCGGGACCCGGCGCGGCACAGCUGGGCACUCCGGCACGCGUUUGCGGGCACCGGUGCGGCCGCGGCUCGCCGGCCCCCCACGGCCGGCUGCCCUCGAGCCCCUUUUUUUUUUAAUCUUUUUUUCCAACAAGGCGGUUGAGGUGGAGGCGCCGCCGACGUGCCGGGGCCGGCUGGGAGGGUGACGGUGACGGUGCUGCGGACGGGUCCGCGCCGGCGCAGCCGAGGGCACGCGCUGUCCUGGGGAGCCGGGGUGGGGGGGGGGGGGUCCGUUCAUGAAUGUAUAUAAAGCUGUAUGUAGAGAAGUAGCCCCCCGCGGGGACCGCCCUCCCGACCAGCAGCGAGCCCCCCUGCUUCCCGCGAAGCCCCCGGAGCAGGCUCCCGGCGUGGGCCCCCAGCGCUCGGGCGAGCGUUUGGGCCGGCACAUCGACGACGGUACGCGGCCGCCCCGGGGCAGGGGGGGGCGAUCCCUACAAGCCCAAAACCCAGCCAGGCCCGGGCGCCUCCGCGGCCGGCUGGGGUGAGGUACGAGACGGCUCGCCCCGCGCCGCCCGGUCCCGCUCCUCCGCGGCCGGCGGCUCGGGGCCGGCCCCGUAGCAAGCAGGUACGACGCCGGGGGCGAGCGCGCGGGAAAGGGGCUGGCGGAGCCGAGCUGCGGGGGCCAGCCCCUCUCCGGCCCCCCCGCCGCCUCGCCUUCAGCGUUACAACCCGACCCCCAAGGUACUGCCCGGACCCCGCAGGGCGCCGGGCUCGGCGCCGGCGCGUGCUGCCGGCUGCAGCGCUCGUCCCCGCCUGGCCCCGGGCCGGAUGCGUGCCAUUUCUUGCAACGGUGCCUGAUUUAACCCCUCCUGCCCUUUAACACCUUCCUGCUCCCCCACCCCCCCACCCCGUGCCCACCCGGGACAGCCGCGUCUCGCCCCGCGUGCUGCAUCCCGCCGUCCGUAGCAAUAGCCGCCUCCUCCGCAGCCGCCGGCCCGGCACGACGGGCGUCCCGGCACAGCCGGCCCCGCUCAGGAGGUGCUGUGCAUCGAAGCUGAAGCUUUAAAUUAACCCCCGGGGGGGGGGGGGAGUCGGGAUGGGCCCCGAGGCCACCUCCUGCUCCCCCGGCACCGUCGGGCAGCCUGAAAGGGAGCCCGGGGUUAGCGGCGGAGAAGGAAGCGGGUCCCUUUUCUUAGCACAGGCUGUUUUAGACCCCCAGAGAGACGUUAUCUGUGAUCCUCACCCCUGCCCUGCCCAAAACCUUCCAUUUUUUUAUUUUUCAUUUUCCUUUUUUUUAAAUAUUAUGUACUAUAUUUUUAGUCUUAAACACGAUAUAUUAUAUAUAUUUAAUUUUUUUAUAUAUAUAUAUAAAUAUAAAUGUUAAAAAAGGGGCUGCCUAUUGCGUUUG